GCGCGGCGGUCACGUGACGGCCGCGCUCGCCCUCGUCGACCGCGGGCUCCGAGGCCGGGGAGAGGAGGGUGCGCGGCGGCGGUGGUCCUGGGUGCUGAGUACUGAAGUCCUGUAGGACCAAGAGGAAAAGAAACAGAUGAUAGAAAAGGCUUUGUUCUUUGAACGACUUGAUUGACAUUUCAAAUGCCAGCCUCCCCCAGCCCUCGAGUCGGACUUUUCAAGUGGGACGUGAAGCACAGAAAAUGAACCAGCAGAGGAAGAAAAAUGCCACCAGCUAGCUGACUACUGUUGAAGAAGAUGCUUUGUCUUUGUGGCGAGUGUCUGUGGGAUCUGCAACAGAAAUGAUGGCUGGCUGUGGCGAAAUCGAUCACUCAAUAAACAUGCUUCCUACGAACAGGAAGGCCAAUGAGUCCUGUUCUAAUGCUGCACCUUCUCUGACAGUUCCGGAAUGCGCCAUUUGUCUGCAGACCUGCGUUCAUCCAGUCAGUCUGCCCUGUAAGCAUGUUUUCUGCUAUCUGUGUGUGAAGGGAGCUUCAUGGCUUGGAAAGCGAUGUGCCCUUUGUCGACAAGAAAUUCCUGAAGAUUUCCUUGACAAACCAACCUUGUUGUCACCAGAAGAACUCAAGGCAGCAAGCAGAGGGAAUGGAGAAUAUGCAUGGUAUUAUGAAGGAAGAAACGGAUGGUGGCAGUAUGAUGAGCGUACCAGUAGAGAGCUAGAAGAUGCUUUUUCCAAAGGUAAAAAGAACACGGAGAUGUUAAUUGCUGGCUUUCUGUAUGUUGCUGAUCUUGAAAAUAUGGUUCAAUAUAGGAGAAAUGAACACGGACGUCGCAGGAAGAUUAAGCGGGAUAUAAUAGAUAUACCAAAGAAGGGAGUGGCAGGACUUAGGCUAGACUGUGAUGCAAAUUCUGUAAACUUAGCAAGAGAGAGCUCUGCCGAUGGUGCGGACAGUAUGUCAGCUCAGAGUGGAGCUUCCGUCCAGCCUCCGCUGUCCUCCGCUGCAAGGCCCCUGACGUCAGUGGAUGGGCAGCCUACCAGCCCUGCCACCCCAUCCCCUGAUGCUGGCACUUCUCUGGAAGACUCUAUUGCUCAUUUGCAACUCAGUGGAGACAGCAUAAAUGAGAGAAGUCACCGGGGAGAAGGAGAAGGAGACCGAGAAUCCCUGUCUUCAGGCAGGGCAGCAGACACCUCCAUUGAAGACACCGAAUCAGAUGCCAGUAGUGAUAGUGAGGAUGUGUCUGUACUUACUGCACAGCACUCCUUGGCCCAGCAGAGACUUUCUGUCCCGAAUGCAAACCAGAGAGUAGCUGAUCGAUCAGGAACUGACCGGUCAGUAGCAGCGGGUGGAACAGGGAGUGUCAUUGUCAGAUCCAGAAAACCUGAUGGACAGUGCACAGUAACAGAAGUCUAAAUAGAAGUCUUCAGCUCCAUGCCCAAGGAUGAACAGUUAUCUGUAAAUUUCUGCCCACAUAACAUUACUCAUCCCUAGUAGUGCAUUUUGGGAGAUGGGUGGGAAUGGGUCUGGGAAGGAUAAAUCUGAAAUGAAAUGUCUAACAUGUCCCUGUUGAGAAAUAACUAUUUAAUGUAAGGAACUUGGGUGUUAAUAGUUGAGAGCUGUUUAGUAAUAACCCAGUUUUCUUGACAUUUUUUCUUUAAAUUUCUAAAACAAUUUUCCUUUAGUUCUUUUGGCCAGUAUGUGUAUAUUAUCUGUGCAUUAAUGGUUUUCACCCGACUCUGGCAUUAUUUUUCUGCAUGGAUUGGCAUAAAACUGCUACUGAAAUUUGGGACCUGUGAGAUGUUGGCAUCAUGAGCAGGAAGCUUAAGGUAAUGUGGAGAUGUGAAUUGGGUUUAAAAAUAGGUGAGUGACAGCGAAUUUUAUAGUGAAGUUAUUGAAACUGAAAUGUAAACAAAACAAUUUUUGUUUCAGAAUCUUUUUAAUACUUCAUGGCAUUCCUUCCCAUAAGCUUUGCUGUCUAGCCCUUGUAGUCUGAACUUCCUCUUGUCUGCCCCUUUCAUUUGGAUUAAAAAAUUAUAAUUUAAUAAAUACUAGAGUUUAUCAAAAACUAUGUGUCUGGUUUGAGUCUGGAAGAGUGAUAGAAGUACUUUGAUACUUGUGGCCAAAGGUCAUUUAAAAGGUAAAGGUCUGAAUUAACUGUACUCAGCUUAGUCACCUGCUCAGAAAUUUGAUUUCUUCAGAGAAUUCUGGAAAUAGUAUCUGCAAACAGUGUGUGUGGAAUAAAUAUGGAAAUGAA